AGGGACAUUGAUGCCAGAGAAGCUCCUGAGGACCUCCUUCAGUGGGCUAGUGUAGCCUAGUUGAACAGCAUAUAGCUGUGCGGUAUCCAGAGGUGGACUGACAACUCAUGGGGCCCCCGGGCAAUAGCGGAUCAUGGGGCCCCUGUGUCCUUGCCCAAACUCAAAAAAGCCUAUGCAAAAGGUACCAAGGGCAUCUCAUGGGGCCCCCUACUGACCCUGGGCCCUCGGGCAGUGCCCGAGUUUCCAAGUGGUCAGUCCGCCCCUGACGGUAUCUCACCGCA